CAAUAGUCCAUAAAGAGCUAAUAUUGAAAUAACACCGAAUUUAAAGCAGGAAUUUUCGUUUCGUAUGCUAAACAAGUCGAGAGUGGCGUAAAUUACAUGGACCUGGCAACACAGAGCAUAUGUUGACUUGAUACUUCAGUGCGGUGCCAAUAUGACGUCUGACACGAAGGGAGGGGCGUGUUUAAACACCCAGGGGAAUGGAAACUCUUUACGUCACCUGAGCGCACAUAAAACACCGCCCUGAGAGGAGAAAACUUUUAGUUUUGCAAUCCACUGAGAAGACCUCAAAGCGCCGAGGUUUUCAAAAUAGAAACCAAGUCUAGAACAGAACUAUUUUGAUACAUUGUAAACACAAUGGACGUCGAGGCCAAGAGAAUCAUGGCUGUUUCUAUUGGUAAACUGUAUUCACUAAGGACCCAGCGCGGGGGACUGAGACUUCACCGGAGUCUCCUGCUCUCCAUGACCAUGAGAGCCGCCCGGGACAUCUACCACACCGCGCAGCUGCUCAGAGACGCGGAGGAGGAACAGGUCGUUCCGUGCGCCCCCGACGCGGCCACAGAGGAACCCAUGGAGAUCAGUAAAGACUCUCCACAGACUUUAACUCCUAAGGAGGUCGCAGUGAAACCUCAAGAGACUCUAGAAGAGGACAAAGAGAACCGAUGCGCUUCUGAACGGCACUCCAGGAAGCGCCGCGGAAAGACGGCAGUCGAGCCUGACUUUCUACCUCUGAAGAAGGCAAAAAUGGACACGGAUGAGGAGAAGCAACAUCUCCAGGGCGAGGUUCUGAGGACUAAUAAUGGCAACAGCUGUCGACAGGCUGAAACUCUGUCCGCCUUCCCAACAAACCGAGCCAUCGUGGCGUGUUGAGCAAGACGCGCUUUGGAUCUUUCCGAGAAUCGAUUUCCCUCGAUGGGAAUUUCCUGGACAAACUGGUUCAGAACGGACCGGUUAUGCAGCCCGACACCUGUGCGGCCGGCUCUGCUCGCCAUAUGAGCUCCAAGAAAGGCCGGGAUCAGCAGGAAUACAGGACAGGUGGUGGAUACUGUGAUCCCAAGCGCAAUGGAAUCACUAGAGCUGCUUCAUUGUUCAGUGAGAGGAGUCAGAUGACUCCGUUCAGUCGAACUGGUUGGACUGGGAAGGGAAGGGAGACUCUGAUGUCUUCUACUCGAAGUCUAUGAACUUUACAACCUCAAAUAAGAACAAAGCUGACGGUGUAUGAGACAAAACACAUGCUGUGUGAUACUUGAAAAUGUCUUUGCCAAAACGUUUUAAAUGUCACUGUUGCACUAAUUUAUGCAUAUAUUGAUAAUGCUAAUUUAAGAA